CUGCAAAAGAGGAAGUGUGUUGCGGUGGACGGAAAAACGUAGGAAAUGUUAUCGGACAGAGAAAAAGAAGGGUGCAAAACCAUCUUGAACAAACUUCCUCAAAAGGACUUGCUAACUCUAACAGAUACAGUGACGAACCGAGUAGUAACUCCUGAAAAUACCCAAGGUAUUUAAUUAUUAAAAAGUCAUCCAUGGCUUGCAAACAGAGGAAUGAACUGCCACAGCUUGCGCUAAUAAUUUGUACAAGCUGUGGCAGUACUUCUGUACAACAGUUAUUAUCAUUCGAUGCAAAUGUUUCUUCCUUUUCAUUGGCCGAGAGCCCACCAUGUGACCUGCAAAUAACUGCCUGCAAGUAAUGGUGUGCUCAUGCGUUCAACUGUUUUUGGCUGCAAAUACUAUUCUGCUCAUGCGUAAAUGAAACCACGCUUUUCUCCUUCUUGCGAUGGCUCUUGCAAGAAAAUGGCAGAUUGCUUCACUUCCCGAAGAUAUUCCUUAAAAAACAAACUCGGUGAUCGAAUGAUAAAACAAUUAUUGAACUUGGUUAUUGCAAAAUAUCAUGAUUUGUCAGUGUCUCGCAGAUCAAUUAUUUGCCUCAGCCUUCAGCUUCGGCAAAUAAUUGGUCUGCUCGCCACUGACAAAUCAUGAUAUUUUGCUCAACCUCGUCCAAUAAUUGCUAAUUGUUGUACAAGUUACUAAUGGCCAGCUUAGUGCAGUUUUUCUUACCACAGGAUUCAGUGUAUGUGUUUCAAGGGGCAUACACAGAAUCCUGUGAUGGGAAAAGCUGCACUAAGCUUGUGAAAAAAAAACAAAAUUCCUUUGUGAAACUUUGUAGGUUGAUAAUAGUAAUUGUGUGCUUCCAUGAUGCCAUGCCUUUGAUGCUGCUGUUCCAUGAUACCAAAUUCUGGUAUCAUGCUCUGAUUGGUCAAAGGUCUUCUUUUUGACAGAAUCGCGGUGCUGUUGACAGUAUCGUGUUCUUUCAAUCACAGGUAGCCCAAGCUCUCUAAGAGAGCCCUGAGCAACAUUAUCCAUUAGCUAAUUACUUAUUUAUACGGCAACAAUUAUAAGGCGUUGUAUGAGAAUUAUCCUAUUUCUACGGAGGCCCAGAAGGGUCUCACAUGCAAAUUAAAAAUGUUGCUUCAAAUUAAAAAUUUUACCCGCAAAUUAAAAAUGUUGCUGCAAAUUAAAAAUAGGACAUGCAAAUUAAAAAUUGCACGUGCAAACUAAAAAUAUUACAAACAUGAAACAUGAAUGGGUCAACGGCUGUAAGGCCAGGUCCCACAGCUCGGACCAGGUCCUCAUCACUCAUACUGCGCGCGCAGGACUUCUUAUUUUUAAUUUGCAUCGAUAUGUUUUCUAUUUUCAGUUUGCAGCACAAUUUUUAGGUUACUUGUACUAUAUUUAAUUUGCAGGUAAUAUUUUUAGUUUGCAUGUACAAUUUUUAAUUUGUAUGUACUAUUUUUAAUUUUCAGCAACAUUUUUAAUUUGCACGUGUGACCCUUCUGGGCCAACGUAUAUUUCUCCAUAAUUGAGAAAACAUGCUUUAAAGUUUUCCUUUUAAGCUUUCAUUUAGGAUUUUAUUAUGUUUACUUGCGUGUUGACUGUGUUUCAGGCCUCUUAGCAUGCCGAGAACAACACUACCCCUUUAGGCUAAUUAAUUAUUCAAACAGCAAGAAAAUUAUAAGACGUUGUAUGAGAAAUUUUCUUUGCUGACUAAAUUAAUAAAAUGUGCAUUGAAUAGCGCUUUGAAGCUUACCUUUAGCCUUUUCUUGUUUUUCUUUGCGUUCUGACUGCAUUUCAGACCUCGUAAGCACUGUUUAAUAACUCUUUUUGAGCGACAGUUUUUCAUCCAGGCAACAGUAGAGAGAAGAAAAGAGAAGGUUCACUUCAUUGGUGAUUUAGGACCUUCGAAAUGGGAAUUUUGGCGUUAUUUAUCAGGACAUCUUUUUCUGGCGGAAUUGUCUCCAUGUCGCAAAUGUCGCGGAAUUUAUCGCCACCGAGAGCUGAGCCAGUCAAGAGAGGUUUGCCAACCUUCUCUUCUCUUCUCUCUACUGUCAUCCGGGUGAAAAACUGUCACUCAAAAAGAGGUAUUAAACAGUGCCUAGGAGGUCUGAAAUGCAGUCAGAACGCGAAGAAAAACAAGAAAAGUCUCUUGUGUGGCUUUUACUAGUUUUAGCGUUUACAAAGUCUACCUCGCUUGUCAGUCGCAUAGUUAACAAACCAAAUACACAACUGACAAGCAAUGCUAAUGACUUCGUAAACGCUAAAAACCAUGCACGCAAGAGAGAAACCUCUGCUCACAGGCUGGUUCAAAGAUAACAGCAGUUGAGGAAAAUCAGGGAAAAUGAUUAUUACUAAUUCUUACACGAUUUUGAGGAGACACAAAUUCAACAGGAAUACACUCAGACUGAAUAGUCUGUCACAUAAGGUGCUUAACUUACGCAUUUCAUUUCUCCUCCAUGGAAUAUAAACUCUACAAUAGCAAUGCUAUAUGUAUGUCAACAAGCAUUAUAAUGGAAACUGCAAACUUGAGGGAUUUCCUUGAGAAUCUAUUUGACUGUUCUUCCCUGGUCUCACAUUGCACAUUUUCCUCCAAAACAUCUUUAUUUCUCUUCACCGAAGCUGCUGUUACUUCAGUUGGCAAUCAAAGUCAAGUAGAUCUCUUUGCUUGCACUAGUACUUCAUUUUGAAUUCAAAUAUUUUUUUACAAAAGUGACACAAUAAGCUCACUCUGACAUCCAUGAUGAGAACUUGAUGUGUUGACAUUUCAAUGACAAGUUAAUUACUGGAGGGUGGAUCAGCAGCAUCAAAGGCAUGUCUCCAGGCUCGGCCACCCUUCCCUCUCCCCAGACUACCUCUCAGCUCGCUUCGCUCCCCAAUUUUUUUUUUUUCGCCAAUGCUGAUUUUUGCUCCUUUUUCCCACAAUGUGGAGCCUGGUCCCAGGCUAAUAUGGCAAGGCGGGUUUACACUCUACAAUUUGUCUGUUUGAAGAAAGAGCAAAUUUACAGAACACUACAACUUAAUUAUUGAGCCAAUCUCUUUAGCUAAAGAAAUUUGCUGGGAAUAAAUUUGGCUUAAAAUGGAGCCAAGUCAUAAAACAUCAGUUUACACAAAACGGUAUGGUUCACGAAUCAAGAAGCACAAGAGUGCCUUGGUUUUGAAAAUGCAUGCAUAUAGGUUAUAAUUUACAUAGUAUUUAGGGCUAUUUGGAAGUUCUACUUCUUGUGUUUUAUAAUUAAUUUUUAUAUCCUUGAUAAAAGACAAAGUUUGGCAAAUUAUCUGUACUAUUGUAGCUUUUGUCAUUUCCCACCAUUCAUGUACUUUUUUGAAACACUUGACAGAGGCAGUGGAUGCCAUAAUAACAUACAGUCAUACUGCAGGUCAAUUACUGAGAAGGAAAAAGGUCAAACGUGAACACAUUUACCAAUACCUUGCUGAAAAUGGUGUCGUUGAACCUGGUUCAUCAGACAAGCCAACUCUGAUAAGAAGAUUGCUUCUGUAUUGGGGCAGUUCACAAGAGGUACACUGUAGGCUAAACUUGACACUACAACCCUGGAGACAGGGUUGUAGUGUCAAGACAGUCCCAUCUAAUUUGUAACUUUUGUGCCAUACUACCAUCUCCUCCAAACAGAAAAAGUAAACCCCCUCCCCGCCCUCUAUUCAAAGUUGUUUUUGUGUAAAAACCACCAUGUGUAAUUAUCGUGUUAUCAUAAACAACAUUGGAUAAAGCCAGGAGGGGGAAAAAUAAGCAUUUAUCCAGUGAUGGUUUCCAUUUUGGCAAGGAUAAUGAGAAAAAACAGGUGUCUCAACAGGUUUUGUCAGAGGUCGUAGCUUGGGCUAUAUCAUGCUAUUUGUUAUCUUUUUGAAAAGCUAAAAUGUGUCUUCGCAUCAUUAUUGAAUUCCAAAAGUAAUAGGUCCAGUUUUAUUAUUUAAGACUAUAUUUUGGCAUUGAAACUAUUAAUGGAUGCUUUCGUUGGCUAGGAUAGACAUGGAUUGAAACGUGAAAACGUUGAGGCAAUUUUUUCAAGUUUUAAUGCCAUGCCUGCAAAAGUUGCCCAAAAAAUAUUAUGGUUAGUGGUCCCUGAUGAAGCUCGUGUGAUAUCUCUUUAAUAACUCGCCAGGGGUGUGUGUGGGUAAAUGAAAUAAUUAAUUACUUCAGCACAGAAUUGACCUAAAACAGCAAUAUCCCAGCCCCUCUAAAUAGUGAAAAUUCCUUCAAGUGGCCCUUGAUGAUGUUUAUAAAAUUGAUAAAGUAUAUAAAGAUUGAGAGAUAGCACAUCAACGGAGAGAUUCUUGGUCUAGCAUUCCUGGUCCAAUUGGGAGUCGAAAUAUUGGGUUUUGAGGCGAGGGGAAAACCGGAGUGCCCAAAGAAAACCACUCAGGGCAAAGGGUAGAACCAACUACAAACUCAACUUACAUAUGGUGUCAACACUCGGAUUUGAACCCAGGCCACAUUGGUAGGAGGCAAGUGCUUUCACCAUUGCACCACCCUUGCUCCUCUUCACAAACGACUGACACUUUUAUCCCCUCUCUUCUUUAAUGAAGCUUCCCCGUUCAGAUGUUCGCACCGUCGAUCGGUGCUUGCGGUGUGGUAACAGUAAGUGAAAAAUGAAAUGAUGUAAUCUGCAUAACAAAAAAAUGAUGGUCAGUUCAGCUAGGAUGAGUAAGACAAUAUUGCUGUGUACCGAACACAUUGUUCACACGAUAUCCAGAUAUCUGAUGAUCUCAGAAGGGAGCAUUUCUCAUAAAUAAAUGAAAAUGAAACUGGAAAACAGAAACUAUGAAAAUAAAAUGGUUUAUAAAAUGGUUUAACCGAUGAGUAAACCUAUUGGCCCAUUCAUCUUAUGGACAAGUAAAGAAUAUUUUCCAAUUUCUUCCUUUCAGGACAGUGACAACGAAAAUGAGAACGAAAGUGAAAAAUUGGCGGAUAAUGCAGAAGAACUUAGAACAACAUCGUCAAAUCCUUCAGGGACAGUCUCUUGUAAUUCCUCUUUUGAUACUAAUGUUAAUGGCCAACAGUUGGCAGAAUAUUUUAUACCCUGGUUCUACAAAAUCCUGAACUCUUUUAAUACUUCAACGGAUGAAGCGUCUCGAGAAUGGGGUCCGCAGCAUUUUUGGGCAGAUGCUCGAGGUUCUGUUCUCAUGGUGUCGGAUGGACAAGUGCAUGACGAAUGUCAAGGAGCGUUAGCAGUCAGUGAAAAGUUCCGUGAACUGGUCUGCAAAGAAAAACUACUCUUUAAUGCCAAUGUUGGUGGGGCAAAGGGUCAGAUAGAUGCUUAUGGACUUGUAAAAAUCUCAGUUGGAGGGACCGUGCAUAGAUUUUCCAGUUGCCUGGGCAUUUUCGAACAAUCAUUUGGACUCAUUCGAGACCCUCAAAUGCAGAAUAACUGGAAAAUAAAGUUUACUGAUUUGAAGUUAAAGGCGCAUGGCGUGGAGGGUGAAAGUAGAAAGGCGAUUACAUAAAACUGUAAAAUAAGGCCUUGAUGAUUGAAAGCAAACACUCUGGAAGGCUGUGGGUAUACCUCGUUUAGAAAGUAUCGUCAGCAUUUUGCUGGAACUGGUAUACAAUUUCAAAUAUCCAACGAACAGUUGUUGAUUAACAUGGACAAUAGUCGCUAGUUGUGCGGACUCAUCCCCCCCUCCUCCUUCCCCCACCCCGUACACUGCAGGGGUUUAAAGCCUUAGAACUAUACUCCAGGUGAACUUUAAAAUUGUAUAAUUAUUGCGCGUCCGAAUUUUCGGCGUUAAAUUCACAUGGAGAAAAAACUGUAUGAAAGAAGUC